AUGGCGGACAGCCGGGACCCAGCCAGCGACCAGAUGAAGCAGUGGAAGGAGCAGCGGGCCCCUCAGAAACCCGAUGUCCUGACCACCGGAGGUGGGAACCCAAUAGGAGAUAAACUUAAUAUCAUGACUGCGGGGCCCCGAGGGCCCCUCCUCGUUCAGGAUGUGGUUUUCACCGACGAGAUGGCACACUUUGACAGAGAGCGGAUUCCUGAGAGAGUGGUACACGCAAAGGGAGCAGGUGCUUUUGGAUACUUUGAGGUCACCCACGAUAUUACCAGAUACUCCAAGGCAAAGGUGUUUGAGCAUAUUGGGAAGAGGACUCCUAUUGCCGUCCGAUUCUCCACAGUCGCUGGAGAGUCAGGUUCAGCUGACACAGUUCGUGACCCUCGUGGGUUUGCAGUGAAAUUCUACACUGAAGAUGGUAACUGGGAUCUUGUGGGAAACAACACCCCUAUUUUCUUCAUCAGGGAUGCCAUGUUGUUUCCAUCCUUUAUCCAUAGCCAGAAGAGAAACCCACAAACUCACCUGAAGGACCCUGACAUGGUCUGGGACUUCUGGAGUCUUCGUCCAGAGUCUCUCCAUCAGGUUACUUUCUUGUUCAGCGACCGAGGGAUUCCAGAUGGACAUCGGCACAUGAAUGGCUAUGGCUCACACACCUUCAAGCUGGUUAAUGCGAAUGGAGAGGCAGUGUACUGCAAGUUCCAUUACAAGACUGACCAGGGCAUCAAAAACUUGCCUGUUGAAGAAGCAGGAAAACUUGCACAGGAAGACCCGGAUUAUGGCGUCCGAGAUCUUUUCAAUGCCAUCGCCAGUGGCAAUUACCCAUCCUGGACUUUUUACAUCCAGGUCAUGACUUUCAAGGAGGCAGAAACCUUCCCAUUUAAUCCAUUUGAUCUGACCAAGGUUUGGCCUCACAAGGACUACCCUCUUAUACCAGUUGGCAAACUGGUCUUAAACAGAAAUCCUGUUAAUUACUUUGCUGAAGUUGAACAGAUGGCUUUUGACCCAAGCAACAUGCCCCCUGGCAUUGAGCCCAGCCCGGACAAGAUGCUCCAGGGCCGCCUUUUUGCUUACCCGGACACUCACCGUCACCGCCUGGGACCAAAUUAUCUGCAGAUACCUGUGAACUGUCCCUACCGUGCUCGAGUGGCCAACUACCAGCGCGAUGGCCCCAUGUGCAUGCAUGACAACCAGGGUGGUGCUCCCAACUACUACCCCAACAGCUUCAGCGCACCAGAGCAGCAGGGCUCGGCCCUGGAGCACCACAGCCAGUGCUCUGCAGAUGUGAAGCGCUUCAACAGUGCUAAUGAAGACAACGUCACUCAGGUGCGGACAUUCUAUACGAAGGUGUUGAAUGAGGAGGAGAGGAAACGCCUGUGUGAGAACAUUGCCAACCACCUGAAAGAUGCUCAGCUUUUCAUUCAGAGGAAAGCGGUCAAGAAUUUCACUGACGUCCACCCUGACUACGGGGCCCGCGUCCAGGCUCUUCUGGACCAGUACAACUCCCAGAAGCCUAAGAAUGCAAUUCACACCUACGUACAGGCCGGCUCUCACAUGGCUGCCAAGGGAAAAGCUAACCUGUAAAGCGCGGGUGCUCAGCCUCCUCAGCCUGCACUGAGGAGAUCCCUCAUGAGGCAGGGCACAAGCCUCACCAGUAAUCACCGCUGGAUGGAGUCUCCCCUGCUGAAGCGCAGACUCAAGCUGACGUCUUUAAAACGAUAAUCCAAGCUUCUAGAGUGAAUGAUAGCCAUGCUUUUGAUGACGUUUCCCGAGGGGGAAAUUAAAGAUUAGGGCUUAGCAAUCACUUAACAGAAACAUGGGUCUGCUUAGGACUUCUGUUUGGAUUAUUCAUUUAAUAUGAUUACAAGAAAUUUUUCUAGCCAGAAACAUGAUUUGAUUAGAUAUGAUAUAUGAUAAAAUCUUGGUGAUUUUACUAUAGUCUUAUGUUACCUCACAGCCUGGUAUAUAUACAACACACACACACACUCACACACACACACACACACACACACCAAAACACACAUACACAACACACACAUACACUACACACACAGAACACACAACACACACAUGCACACACACACCCACACACACACACACACACACGAAUGAAGGGAUUAUAAAGAUGGCCCACCCAGAAUUUUUUUUAUUUUUCUAAGGUCCUUAUAAGAAAAACCAUACUUGGAUCAUGUCUUCCAAAAAUAACUUUAGCACUGUUGAAACUUAAUGUUUAUUCCUGUGUAGUUGAUCAGAUUCCUUUUCCCCCUGAAAUUAUGUUUAUGCUGAUACACAGUGAUUUCACAUAGGGUGAUUUGUAUUUGCUUACAUUUUUACAAUAAAAUGAUCUUCAUGGAA